GCGACAAACCUCAGUGCAUCAGUGUUUGAUUGUAGCCCGAGUCGUGUAGCUGUUCCGCUGCUCCUGAACUGGUGAACCGAACCGAGCCGAACCGAACCGCGAGGAACCCGGCCAACGCACCGGGAUGGACCCCGAGCUGGAGUCGCGUUUCCAGCUGUGAGGAGCGGAGCAGGAGCCUGGAAAGCCCCGGAGGAAAGCGGAGGAGGUGGCGGGGGGGAUCCGGGGGACAGAGCCAUGGCGACUGGCGGCGGCGGCGGCGGCGGCGGGGCGGCGCGCAGGCGGAGAGCCGGGAUCCCCGGGUUCUGCUGGAAGACCUGCUGCUUCCCGCUGCUGCUCUGCGUGGUGUCGGUGUGCGGGGAGGAGAAGACCUUCAUAGUGGAGACGUGGCUGAAGAACUACGGCUACCUGCUGCCUCAUGACGUCAGGACGUCGGACCUGCGGCAGGAGAAGGCCAUGCAGUCCGCCGUGGCGGCCAUGCAGCGUUUCUACGGGAUCCCGGUGACGGGAGUCCUGGACGAAACGACCAUAGAGUGGAUGCGCCGGCCUCGCUGCGGCGUCCCCGACCAUCCUCACACCAGCCGGCGCCAGAGGAACAAACGCUACGCGCUGACGGGGCAGAAAUGGAGGGAGAAGAGGAUCAGCUACAGAAUAUCGAACUACACCCCCAAGGUGGGGGAGAAGGAGACGCGCCGAGCGAUCCGCCAAGCCUUCAACGUGUGGCAGGCUGUCACUCCGCUCUCCUUCCAGGAGGUCCCGAACUCAGACGUGGAGAGUGACGGGAAAGACGCCGACAUCAUCAUCUUCUUCGCCUCUGGUUUCCAUGGCGACAGCUCUCCGUUUGAUGGCGAGGGGGGAUUCCUGGCCCACGCCUACUUCCCGGGCGCCGGCAUUGGAGGAGACACCCACUUCGACUCUGACGAGCCGUGGACGCUGGGAAACGCCAACCAUGACGGUAAUGACUUGUUCCUGGUGGCGGUGCAUGAACUAGGCCACGCUUUGGGUUUGGAGCACUCCAACCCCAGCGCCAUCAUGGCUCCCUUCUAUCAGUACAUGGACACGCACUUCAAGCUGCCGAUGGACGACCUGCAGGGCAUUCAGAAAAUCUACG